UUUUACUUUCAUUACGCUUCUCAAAAACCCCCAAAGCUCUCACUACGCCCCUGUCUACGCCACUUGCAGCAAAACAAAGUCAGCUGUUUUUAUCAAAGUUUGUUAUUGCUCUCAAAAAUGCUGCGAAAAUCAUUAUUUGCCAGCGACAAGCUGAGACAAUCGCUGGUGGGGGUUUUGGUGCGAAAUUCUACCAGGAGCAGCAGCACUGCGACUUUAUUGGAUGCCGGUACCCAAAAGGAAGUGCGCCACCAUGAGAACCAUGCCUCCGAGUGGUGGAAUCAAAAUGGAACCAUGGGUGCUCUGCAUGCCCUGAAUGAGAUUAGGGUUCCCUUCAUCCGCGAUGGCAUCGUUUCGCGGGGCACAGUGAAGCCUGGUUACGUAAAUACCACCAAGGUGCUAUUGGGACAACAUAUUCUGGAGGUUGGAUGCGGCGGUGGACUGCUAACGGAGCAACUGGCUCGCCUGGGUGCCCAGGUCACGGGCAUAGAUCUGGGCGAGAAGUUAAUUGAAGCUGCUCGCGAUCACCUCAAGUGCUCCAGUCCGGAACUGGCCAACAAGGUGGUGUACAAAAUGGAGCCCGUGGAUCAGCACGCCAAGGCGAAUUGUGAAUCCUACGAUGCUGUAAUAGUAUCCGAAGUACUGGAGCAUGUCGACGAUAAAGUGGCGCUGCUGGAGGCCAGUGUGCGAACCCUUAAGCCUGGAGGAUCCAUUUUCAUCACCACCUUAAACAAAACAAUCCCCAGUUGGUUCGGUAGCGUUAUCCUGAGCGAAUAUGUACUGAAUCUGGUGCCCAAGGGAACGCAUCAUUGGGACAAGAUGAUAUCCCCAUUGGAUGUUCAGCGUAUCUUGGAUACAAUGAACUGCCAGACGGUGUUGGUGAAUGGAAGCACCUACGACUUUUGGAACAACACCUGGCGCUGGAUCAACAACACCCAGAUGUGUUACGCCCUGCAGGCGGUGAAACAACCACUGAGCGAAUCCAAUUGAAUUCGAUUAAUUUAUUUAACUAGUAGCUAGGUCAGUGUGUAACAACUAAGGAGUAAACUAAUCGUCAUCCGAACGUGGUUUCUUGAA